AUGCCAGAAGAUGGGAAGGCCAGGCACAUGACGGUGCGAAAGCAAGAGAAAGCCGAUCGCUAUCGCAUCACAUUAGAAACUCAUCAGCUGGUCACCGGCUUCAUGAACCCGGAUGAGGUCCCGCAAGGGCAUUGCUUGAGGUCCAUCCUCAUAGUUCCAGGAGCCCAUGCCGACUUGGAUAACAUCACUCCUGAUGGGAAAUGGAAAGAGAAUGAGGAGUACUAUUACAAUGGGCAAUGGCGCAAGCAUGUGAAGGACAUGAGUGUGGGGCGCGCCCUGGAAUCAUGGCGGAAGCUACGUGAGCGUGAGCCGCAUCUCCUUCGCCAUUUCCGGGUCAUGUCACAACCUGCGUCCAACUGCGACGGCAUCAUCAUGAGCUGGAUCAUAAAGAGCCAAAGCAGGCAGUACGGCAUGAGUGUCUGGCAGCGUGAUUGCCUGGGCGCGGCGUUCACGGAUGAGAAUGUGAAGGCAAUGAACAUGGCUCAUCAGAUCCAGGCCACCAUCGCGCCGGGCAUGACGUCAGCGUUGCAGUUGACGGACACUGACGUGAGUCAUCAGGCAAGUUUUGGGAUUAAUGAGGGGCCAUCCAUGUCUAAUUAUAUUUUGGGCUUUUCUUCUUGA